GCACCAUGAUCCUGCUGCGGGUUUGCGCUGCGCGGCGGCUCGGACGCGCCGCACCUCGCGGCCUCCCGCUCCCGGAGCCCUGCCGCCCCCGCCCCUGCAGCUCCGGCCCUCGCGGCGCCCGCGACGAAGCCCCCGAGGCGCGCGCCUGCUUCACGACACCCAUUUUCUACGUGAACGCGGCGCCGCACAUCGGGCACCUGUACUCGGCGCUGCUGGCGGACGCGCUGUGCCGCCACCGUCGCCUGCGGGUUCCCGGCGCCGCCGCCGCCACGCGCUUCUCCACCGGGACGGACGAGCACGGCCUGAAGAUCCAGCAGGCGGCCGCCGCGGCGGGCCUGUCCCCGACCGAGCUGUGCGACCGCGUCUCGGCCCAGUUCCAGCGGCUGUUCCGGGACGCCGGCGUCUCCUGCACCGACUUCCUCCGCACCACCGAGGCGCGGCACCGCCGGGCCGUGCAGCACUUCUGGGCGGCGCUGCAGGCCCGGGGGCUGCUCUACAAGGGGCUCUACGAGGGCUGGUACUGCGCCUCCGACGAGUGCUUCCUGCCCGAGGCCAAGGUCAGCCGGCAGCCCGGCCCGUCGGGGGAUCCGUGUCCCGUGUCCGUCGAGAGCGGGCACCCCGUCUCCUGGACCAAGGAAGAAAACUACAUCUUCAGGCUUUCCCAGUUCCGGGAGCCGCUGCAGCGCUGGCUGCGGGACAGCCCGCAGGCCAUCACCCCCGAGCCCUUCCGCCGCACGGUCCUCCAGUGGCUGGAGGAGGACCUGCCGGACCUGUCCGUCUCUCGCAAGAGCAGCCACUUGCACUGGGGCAUUCCGGUGCCCGGGGACGACUCGCAGACCAUCUACGUGUGGCUGGAUGCCUUGGUCAACUACCUGACCGUGGUCGGCUACCCCAGUGCUGGGUUCGAGGCCUGGUGGCCGACCACCUCCCAUGUCAUAGGCAAGGACAUCCUCAAGUUCCAUGCCAUCUAUUGGCCUGCCUUCCUCUUAGGGGCCGGCCUGAGCCCGCCACGCCGCAUCUACGUCCACUCCCACUGGACAGUCCGUGGCCAAAAGAUGUCUAAGAGCUUGGGCAACGUAGUGGACCCCAGGACUUGCCUUGACCGCUACACCGUGGACGGCUUCCGCUACUUCCUCCUCCGCCAGGGCGUCCCCACCUGGGACUGUGAUUACUCUGAGGAGAAGGUGGUGAAGUUGCUCGACGCUGAGCUGGCCGAUGCGCUGGGAGGCCUCUUGAACCGGUGCACUGCCCAGAGAAUCAACCCUUCUGGGACCUACCCGGCCUUCUGCGCCACCUGCUUUCCCAGGGAGCCGGGGCCGCCGGGGCCGCCGGGGCCGUCAGCCCGCGCCGGGGCAGAGGACUAUGCUCUGGUGAGUGCCGUGGCCGCUCUGCCCAGGCAGGUAGCAGACCACUACGCGGACUUCCAGAUCUACAAGGCCCUGGAGGCUCUGUCCAGCUGUGUCCGGCAGACCAAUGGCUUUGUCCAACGGCACGCGCCCUGGAAGCUGAGUUGGGAGAGCCCCGUGGAUGCUCCCUGGCUGGGGACUGUGCUUCACGUGGCCUUGGAAUGUUUGCGCAUCUUUGGAACUUUGCUGCAGCCUGUUACCCCAAGCCUGGCUGACCAGCUGCUGUCCAGGUUGGGGGUCUCUGCCCCAGAGAGGGGCCUUGGGGAGCUCGCUUUCUUGCCUCGAUUCUACGGACAUCCCUGCCCUUUUGAAGGGAGGCGGCUGGGACCGGAAACUGGGCUCUUGUUUCCACGACUGGACCAGUCCAGGGCCCGGCUGGUGAAAGCCCAUAGGACCUAGAAACCCCGUUCUUGUGGUUUAUGGCUGUGGUAAAGGAGCCAGUGUGUUAUUUUGCAUUUCAGGAAAGUCAUAUUAAUGUUUUCUGAAGUGUUGCAUCGAAUGAGCACCUAAGCGAUGUCCCUGUGAAAAGAGGUUUAAAACCCUUCAGGUGCCCAGCCCUGACUCUUGUUUUCUCUGCCCAUUCAUUAACCACUGCCCUUUGUAAGCCAGUGUCUCCGGAUGUCUCUAGGGGAAAGCUGGGUCAGACAGCUUUGCUGAGACCGUUCUUUCUUAUGGUGCCUCCUUCCACACCAGUUAGGUUAUUUGCCCAGACUACCUCUCAUGGCUUGUUUUCCAUGGGCUGGGCCCGGGAAUCAGAGUUGGGGUUGGAGGCCCCCUACCUCAACUUUAAGCCCUACUUUGUUAUAUAUGUUGGGUCUCCUGUUAAAAAGAGAUUCUUUUAUUAACUUUUAACAAGUCAGUGUCCUAGACUAGAUGAUUUUUAUCCAUGUUUGUAUUUUCGGUUCUUAAAAUCAUGACUCCCUAUACUUUGUUAAUAUUAGCAGUCCAAUAGUUGUGCUUUGUAACACUACACUCCAACCAGUAGAUGGCUCUAGUCUCACAUGUGGAAUUAGGACGGAGGUUCAGUCUUGAGAAGAAAUUUGUUUUCUGCUUUCUAAUUUUGCAGAUUUUAAGAAAAAUUUUAUUGCUUUUCUUAAAAUGAGGGAUAACUGCAACCACUGCUGUUUUACAGGAAGCCAUAAAAAAGAUCAGAAUCCUCAGUUUUCUUCAGACUACUGAAAAAGGACCUUUAGUCUAAUUAAAUAUUUAGUGUGCUAGUAAGUAAAUAUAUCACGUUUGUUUGGACUAUGAUAAAUUAUAAAGCUCUCUUGAGGUACUUGGCAUGUUAAAAAUUUUAAACUUUAAUAACAGUAAAUUUAGAGGUAUGAUUUAAAAAAAUCUCAAGUUGUUCAAAAGGGCAGUAUUUUAUAUUUUUUAGUCAUCAUUUUGUUAUUCACACACAUAAUUUACCUUAUAUGAUUUCUUUUGGUCAACAUCGAUAAUACAAUACAGAAAUUGUAGAAUAGUUACUAUAAAUGUUAAUACAUUUACUUUUAAGUAGUUUUUACUGAUUAUUUCUUAUGCUCUUUUAACUUGUUAUUAAAGUUUAAAAGUUUGUAAGUAC